UGUUAAAAGACUGGCGUGGCGUGUCGUCGUGAAUGUAAUGCGGUCGCCAUUAGUAACGCGAGACGCGUCAUAGAGUGUGUGUGUAGUUUUGAGCAAAUCUUACAAACAUAUUUUGUUUUGUUGAUUGAUUUCUGUUAAAUAUGGCAUCAAAUCAAAAACGGAAACCGAAAACAGGUGCUGAACGGCAACGUGAGUAUUUGGAGCGUAAAAAAUUAAGAGCUACUGUUGAACACCGUGACAGUGAAUCCUCCGGUUGUACGAUAAGUGAUAAUUUGUCAUCUGUGCAUCAGGAUAUCGAUGAAGAACAUUUCUCCGUAAAUCGAUCAGUCGAUGGGCGGUCAUUUCAUCAGUAUCAUGGACCUAAUUAUGUUGUGUGUGAAGCUAUAGUUCAUACAAACGAUCCACUGCCAUCAACAUCGACUCAUAGAGAUUUCGUUUCUCCAAUAGCACAAUGUUCAAAUGCGCCUGCAAUAACGAGAACGAAAAAAAACAAUGCUCAAGUUUGCCGAGAAUAUCGUGCAAGAAAAAAAACAGCGCGUGAAAAUCCAGACAGUGAUUUACAUGAACUGAAUACUGUGGACAUGGCGGAGUGUACAUCAUCGGAAAAUAAUGCUCAACGUGUUCGAAUGCUACAAGAACGUCGAGUACUGAUCGUGUACGGGCUUACCGAGCACGCCAAAGAGCCCUCAUUGAGAGUACUGCUGGUCCAUCCUCGGUUUCAGUAGAUGAUUUAAUAGAUCCAGAGCAACCGUACUCAGGUUACAAAAGGAAUAAAAGUGCUCAUCAAACAUUCGAUAAACAAUUUUAUGGAAACACGUUUGGUCAUAAGUGUUCAGUAUGUGAUCGACUUUGGUUUCAAAAUGACUUAAAUAAACCAAUAGAAUCGUUCACGAACAUUUUGAAUACCAUACUUCCGGGUGUUGAUAUUGAAAAUAUUCUUCUAUGCCAAACUUGUAGAAGAUCAUUCACAAAGGUAAAUAUUCCAGUGUACACUGUGUAUAAUGGUUUUAAAUAUCCUCAAAAACCUGAUCACUUCACA